AGCGAGUUGAGCUUCAAAAAUGAGGCUGACACUGCACAUCAUGUUCGUCGUAUUUUGUUUAGUUCAUUUCUUCCCAGCCUGCGAAGGACAGAGAAAUUUAAUAGGUAAUAAGGUCAGGAGAAGGAAAAUAAUAAUAAGAUGCUGUGGGAAAAAGAGCUGCCUUUCCGUAAGAAGGAAAACCCACCCGCAGAACAUCACCAGGGAAACGACUAUUGGCAGCUCAAAGCAAACUCCAUUUGAAAUCCAGAGGACUACUGAAACGAGUGAAAUUACUAAGAAAACAACGCAAAUUGACCCUGAUGCUGGCGUUGAAAUCACCACCAAAGUGCAAGAGAAUUUGAAACAAGAUGUUACUGCAGAUUCCGCGACAACACCAGAAGUAUCGGAGAUUCCAAUCUCCAAGGAGGCAACAAGCACCACAGAAAAUCCCAUGCCUGAUGGUAUACCAAGUUGCGGGCAACCCUUACUCGAUAGUUGUCAAACACAGGAGAAAGUUUUGCAAAUGCAGUUGGGUACAGAUUCAACUGAAGGGAGGUAUCUAAAAUCAUUCGGAAGGAAAUAUUUCAUCAGCAAUCUAAAAUUGAAUGUGACGAUGGCUAAAAGAGUGUGCUGUGCUCAGAAAAUGCAGCUCUUAAGCAUCACGUCUGCCUCAGAGCAUCAAUAUGUGGCUUCACUGAAUGACGUUUUGAAACAAUCGGCAAUGAUAUAUUGGACAAGUGGAACUGUUGGGAAAGGAGGGCGAUUUUGGUGCUCAUCGGAACAAUUGGUUCCGAUUCCAAAUAAUUUGAACUGGCUACAAAAAAACGCUUCCAAUCCAAAUUCGGAAUUUUGUCUGACAUUUGAAAUGAACGUUGGUGAUGCCUCGAAGAGCGGUCUCAAGUUUGCAGAUUGCAAUGCGGAACAACUCUUCAUUUGCGAGACAAUCGAACCAACAUGUCCAAUUCCAGCAGUCUCUAAAAAUACUGCCAUGUUUGACGAGGACGAAAAUUUAAAAUCUCCACAAGUGCAUGGGAUAUGGGAGAACGGCGCAAAUGCCACGUUUCUCUUUGGAUUUUCCCUGGCCACUUGGUCUGAAACUUGGAAAGAAUGCUCAAAAUUUGGCAUGAUGCCUCUGUCAUUUUCUUCAAAAAUUGAAUUAGACUUUGUUUUUGAUCUUCUCGGAGGUUGGGGCAGCAGCAUUAAUUACUGGACGGCUGGCACGCGAGAGGACUACGCGACGAAGGGUCCAGUAUGGUGUACAGAUCGAGCGGAAAUUAACAAGGCAGUCGUUCAUGUCCAUGACACCGCAAACGUGUCGAUAAUGGGAAAAUUUGACUGCAUUGGGUUUGUGGUCAAAAAGGUCGCCACAAAUGUGACGGUAACUUUUGACGGAUCAUUCGACUAUCGAAAUUGCAGUGAUAGACAAUUUCUAGCCUGCAAAGGCGCUCUAACACCAAAACCGUCUUGCUUUAGACAGACGUGCCCAAACAAGUUUGCAAGAAACUCCUCUCUAUUCAACUCAACAACAGGCUUUUUAUCCGAACCAUCUUCGUUUGGUCAAUGGGUGUCAAAAUGCAACAAAUUCUUUGUUAUUGCGGAUCCGACGACGGAUCAGACAAAUGAAACAGUGAAAAUCACUUGGGACGAGGCCCGCAAAAGGUGUAAUAGCAUCGGGUUCAGGCUGAUCAGUUUCGACUCCAGGGCAAAGUUCGAUUGUCUCGUGAACGUGUCUCAAAACAAUCUGGCGCCCUUCUGGACCUCUGGUGCCUAUCUCGACUGCAAAAGCAGCACGAAGUACGUGUGGUGCGGCAGUAACCGCAACCUCAACAUGAACGACGUCGUUUGGGACAAAAAUCAGCCUCCGCAAGUCGCAACUAAAACUUGCAUUAGCGGAGUCCUCGAUUUGCAAACGGGCGUUUCACUUCAGGCAGUCGACUGCGAUUCUAGUUUGUCAUUUAUUUGCGAGGCUGAAAAUACUGAAGGUCAAAGUUUGGCCAACGCGAAGGACGAGCAAUGCCAGAAGAUUUUCAACGUGACAAAAGCUGAAUUGGACUUGGUAUUCUCAAGCCUAAAUUUCUCUCGGAACCUUAAAUGCUAUCUGAAAUGCAUGGGCGAGAGUUUGAAUUUGAUCGACAUUAACGGCAUGACUAUUGACUUUGCAAUCAUCAACCUCAUUCAAGCAGCGAUCAGAAACGUGGUGGAUGAGGAAAAUGGCUUUGACGUAUUUAACGUUUGCAAAAAUCUUGGCGGAAAGGGGGAAUGUGAAGCGGAGGCUCGCUUGUUUAGGUGUGGAGUGGAAAAGGCCCCAGAAAAAGUGGCAGCUAUGAUUGACUACGCCGUGCAUGAUUCACCACCGGCACCAUUCAUUGGAAGUCCAGAUGAUUUUUGUCCCUUUGGCUUAUCGACAUGCACUUUAAACGCAACUUGAUUUUUCAAAUCCUCUCAAAUUCCUAAAAAUGAAAUUACAGGCUACUGCUGCUGAUAAUGUUGCAAGAAACAAGACGGUUGAUGGAAUGCUCUAUUUUGUUUCGGCGUGUGGGAGAAAGUACCUAAUGUCCGUCGAAUCUAAGAACUAUGCUGACGCGGCUCGCAAGUGUUGCGAAAUGGGCAUGACUCACGCGUAUUUCAACACUUACGACGAUUUUAAGUGCUUUUUAGCUGCAGAUGCAGCCAUAAGCAAAUCGAGGGCUGGAAAGAAGUACAGUCUGUCGGUCUAUGCGGCCCGGUCAUUGCCCAUCUUUACUUGGUGUCCAAGCAAGGUUCAGGUGGAAACUGGCUUCAAGUGGGGCAGACAACUCAAUGCCCAAGCUAACAAGUGCGCCUACAUUGGAUGCAACAACACUUAUUUCCUUGAGCCGCUUGUCCCAGUCGCCUGUGACACAGUGAUGCACUUCAUUUGCAUGAGCGUGUAGCACUAUUUUCACAAUACUUAAUUGCUUCAAACAUUUGGAAAAGUGUGAAAAAGAAAAAUUUACACUCGUGUUCUAAUCUGAUUUUUAUGCGAUGUUUUUUUUAUUCUUUUCUUGCACGAAAUAAUUUGUUUUCUAAAUGUAUUUUGCUGUAUAAUAUAGUCUUGGAACUCUGCUUGAA